AUGGCCUCGCGCCGUGGACCGCAGCCGGAGCAGGAGGCUGCGGACGGUGGCGGAGGAGGAGCAGAGGCGACACGGAGGAGGCCCAGAGGGUGGCGAGCCGUCGCCUUCAUCAUCGGUGCGUCGCUAGCUGUUCAUCCACGCAUAUGUCUUCAGCUUCAGUGCUUCAGCAAUGGCAACGGGAUUAAUAACGCCGCCACAAACGUGAACAACGUCUUCUCCGGCACGUUCAACUUCGCGCCCGUCGUCGGAGCCUUCGUCGCCGACGCGUUCUGGGGCAGGUUCAGAACCCUGCUGUUUGGAACCGUGGUCGGAGUUGCUGCAAUGGCGGUUAUCACUCUAUCGGCGACUAUCCAUCAGCUUAAACCUCCAACGUGCAGCCCGAUGGCACAGCAAGCCGGGACGUGUGUCGCCCCGUCGGCGCUGCAGCGAGCCGUGCUCUACCUCGGCAUGGGGCUGCUCGUGGUGUCCGCCGGCGGCAUGAACCCGACUAGCCUGCCUUUUGGCGCGGACCAGUUCGACGAGAGGAAAGAGCAGCACAAGGGAGGGCUCACGCGCUUCUACAACUGGUACUACGCCGUCGCCAUGAUAGCCACGUUCCUGGCGCUCACCGUCGUGCUGUACGUCCAGGUCAACGUGAGCUGGGGCCUCGGCUUCGCCAUCCCCACGGCGCUCAUGGCCGUCGCCUUCGUGGUGUUCCUCGUAGGCACCAAGGUGUACGUCUACGUGCCGCCCGAGGGCAGCAUCUUCUCGAGCGUCGCGCGGGUGUUCGUCGCGUCAUGCCGCAAGUGGAGGCUCCCGCUGCCACACCCCGAGGACGCGCGGCGGCAGGAGGAGCUCCUGUACAACCCUCCGGCUGCCGUCGGGAACGGGCGCCGCGUGUUCAAGCUCCCCCUUACUCUGCAGCUCAGCUUUCUAAACAAGGCGGCCAUCGUGACCGACGCCGCCGACGAGAUAUGGCCCGACGGCGCCCCGGCGAGGCCGUGGAACCUGUGCAGCGUGCAGCAGGUGGAGGAGGCCAAGUGCCUCCUAAAGAUCAUCCCCGUGUGGAUCUCCGGCACCCUGUGGUUCACCGUGGUAACGGAGCUGAUAAACUACACGUUCCUCCAGGCGUCAACCAUGGACCUCCACAUGGGGAAGCACUUCACCAUCCCGCCGGCAUCGAUCGUCGCCGUGCUCUACCUCUCCAUCGCGCUAUUCGUGCCCGUCUACAACCUGCUCAUCGUUCGCGCCGCGCAGCGGGUCACCAAGGCAGGACGCGGCAUCACCUUGCUCCAAAGGCAGGGCGCCGGGCUGGUGGUCGGCGCGCUGGCGUUCGUGCUCGCCGUGAUGGGCGUGUCGGGUGGGUUCAGCAUGGUGGGACAGACGGAGUUCUACAACACGCAGUUCCCAAACCAGAUGCGCACUCUCGCCAACGCGGCCUUCUACUGUGCGCAGGGCAUCAGCAGCUACCUGGCCACGCUCGUGGUCAACAUCGUGAACACGACGAUGAGGCAACACGGUGGGUCUGCGGGCUGGGUCACUGAUGACAUCAAUGCCGGGAGGAUUGACUACUUCUACUAUGCCAUGGCGGUGCUCACUGGAGCCAACUUCAUCUACUUCCUCGUGUGCUCGCACUUCUACCAGUACAAGGGCGAGCAGGCUGCUGAAACUCCUGCUGGACGUGAACCUAUAACGGACAGUGGUAGCUUAAGCGAGAGUGACGCCGCAAUCCUAAAGACAUAG